CGAAGAAGUACAAGAAAAUGACAUUUGUAGUUGAUUUUCAUGUGAAGUAUUUUUAAAUAUGGAUUUGAUAAAUUUGGUCUUACAAGCCUCAUAAAGGAAUGGAUUCGUUUCUUGGCGAAUUCGAAGAGGCCAAUAAGACGGAGCUGCGUUGGCUGCGAGAGCUGUACACAUUUAUAGAAGACACAUUUUGCUCCGUGACUGGCCACAAUGCUGGUUAUUCUGCCACACAGCUGGCAUUGGCUGUUGUUAGAAGAGUUCAACGGGCUGUCGGCACCAAGCCCGCCAUGCUACCCCUCGGCUACAGGCUGGUCUCCGUUUUGGAACUGGUCACCAGGCAACACAGGUUCUGUUGUAGCCAUCUCACCUGGACCACCACUGAGUACAGAGAGUGGACCAAAGAGGCAGAGGGAGUGUUAUCCAACUACAAAGCUUUAUCACCAGCCUACCUGAUCCUGGUUGGUUUUCUGACCGAUGGCAGUUCAGAGCCAGGUGUAACAUGUGAUGGAACAUGGAAAGUGAGGGAUGGAAGUGGGAGUGUAAUGUGUGAGGUUCUCAACCCCUCACCUGAAUGGCUUGGACAACUGAUGCUAUUUCCCAGUUGGAACUACAUCCCCCAACAUGCUCCAGGUCAGAGCCAGGAACCGAAGGGCUACCUUGAGAUCAGUGCUUCACCCCUACCUCUGGUCCCAAGUCCUAGAGCCUUUGCCCCUGGGGGGUCUCUCCCUAAAUUAAUGGGAACCAGGGAAGCAGCCAAAGUUCUCCAACUGAGGGAGAGGCAAAGAGGCCUUCGUCUCCAGGUGUUUGGGGAAGUUUGCACAGUCAGCCCCCUGUUGGAAAUUGGGGUGAAGUCAUUCUUCUGUUUCUGUCUGAAAGAGGGGGCCAGCAGUGUACCUGUGCUGGUCAUGGACCCAGGCUGUCUGUCCUGGCAGCAGUGCGUGUAUGUGGCCGUGUUGGUGUGUGUGUCAGGCCUGCGCGUGUGCGGGCUAAGGGAGUGGCCAGGGCGCAAGGUGCUGUGUGUCACCCCUGAGUCACGCUUGCACAUCCUUAAAGAGCCCCCGGCCACUCUACUGACCUGGGAGGAGGUGCUUGGGUCUCCUGGGCGUUAUGGGAAAACGGGGUCCAAGAGACCAGGGCGACAGGAGACUGAGAUGGACACACAGACCCAGACUGACACACAGACUGAGACAGACACACAGACUGAGACAGACACACAGACUGACACACAAACUGAGACAGACACACAGACAGACACUCAGACAAAGAUGCAGACUAUUAGAACCCUGCCACAGACUUUCCCUGUAGCCAAGACCAAAACUUCCAAAAUGAUCAGCUACAAGGGGGUGGUAUCGAAGGUGCUGAACUCGGAGGCGGGGCUCUACGAGAUGGACGGGAAGGUCGGGCUGUGCCUGGCCUAUCAGCCUCUGCCAAGAGGGGGUCAUCACUUGAGGGCAGGGGCAGAAAUUGAGCUCCAUGAUGUCCAUUUCCUGUACCAGCCUUCCCCGCACGCCCUUCCCAUAAUGCUGUGCGCGUGUCUGCGCUCCAGUGCGCGGGUCAUAUCCUUCAGCCGGCUGGAAACGGAGAAGAGUUCCUGCCUCCUCUGGGACUCCCCUGCCCUCUGUCUCCAGCUGGAGAGGAACCUGGGCGUCUCCCAGUACCUGUGGCUGUGCCACUGUCUGAGUGCACUGAGAGAGAGGCUGUGCCCCCGCUGGGUACGAGAGGGGAGUUUAAGGGGAGUGGCGAGGAGGCUGUUGAGCAGCGUGGUGCUGCCAGGGCAGGAAGGCGGGAGACCGAGGGAACUGUACAGAGAGAUGCUGGAGGAACCCCACUGCUGCCCCCUAACAGAGUACUCUGUGGACAGCCCUUCGUGCGAGUUGCUCUCGGUGGGGGAUCUGCGGUCCUGGAUGGAGGGACAGUGUUGGGACUCCAUGUCCCUGCAGUCCCUGCUGCCCCCCUCAGCCCCCCAUCUUACCCGCGCCCAACUGAACCCUCUGCUCGCCUGGUCUGUCCACGUCCUGUGUGCUGGGACUCUGCCCAGGCCCAAGGUGCUGGUAGGUGUGUUGAAGGUGAGGGGGCGAGGACCAAGCCUGCGGUUGGAGGACCAGACCGGGGUGAUCGAUUGUGUAAUUGUGGAGAAGAGAGACAGCGACUCCUACUGUGCUGCUUACAACACUGCCUGGUUAGAUUGUUUAGUGUGUGUUCAACGCUACACUCUCGUAAUGGAACGAUUUCUGACGACCGACUUCCCUGCCUCGACCCACUUGGACCAGGAGCGCUACAUCACACACAGACACUCCAGACUCUAUAUCCAGCUGUGCCUGGAUGACCUCACAGUUCUCAGCCCAUCUGUCGCCAUGGCGAAGUUCCGCAGCGUCACGGAGGGAGAGAAGAGCGGGGAGGGGGAGAAGCAGAUGGAUGAGGUCACUCCCCAUCCAAGCGCAGACAGGCCUGGGGGGUCUAGGGACGGGUCCCGGGGAAGUGAGCAGUCCAGUCAUGUCAGAAAGGAGAGAGAGAUGGUAGAGGGAGAGCGACCAGGGCGGUCUGCAGACAGAAGCCACAAACAGGCCACAGAGGAGCCUGCUCUCUCUGCUGUAACGGGAAAAGGCUCCAAACCCGGCCUGGAUCAGACGACCAAGAGAACCAGGCAAGGAGAGGAGAGGCCAGCGAAACAUGGCAAAAGAUCAAGAAAAGAGGACAAAGAAGACGACCUAAAGUCAAGAAUCCAACCUGUAGAGGAAAAACAAGAAACUACAGGAAGUGGGGUGGGGGACUCACAUACGCGACCCCUGGCUGACCCCGCCAGGUCAUUGACCUCUGGCCGGUUGAAGGUCGCGACCCCUGUUCCCUGUGUGUCUGUCAUCUUCUGUGUGGAGUCCAAAGAAGGGCUGGCCUUUCGCAACGUCCAGGUUUCAGAAGAAGACCCCGGCCUCUCCCUGUGUUUUGGGGUGUCCGCAGUGUUGCUUGGUGGGGUGCAGAGGUGGGGGCAGGACCCCAGGAACUGUCCACUGGAACAGAGAGAGACUACGAUAGGGGGAGCCGAGAAUGAUAGGGUGGAGCUCCAGUUUGUGGGCGACAGUGUGCGCUGGUACCCCUUGCUGCAGCUUGGCACUGUUUACAGGAUGGUGGCCCCCCACACUGAGGACCCUGGGGUGCUCUCCGGCUGCAGUGUGCCAGGGCAGGGUGGUGGUCGGCUCCACAGCGCCCCCACUGUUCAGGUUCUGCCUCGCUGGCAUCUCCACACCCUGCCACUCCAGCAGGCACACGGGCGUGUGGAGCGGAAGGUUUGGUCUGUCUCUGAAGUCCUCGCCUGCAGCGUUGCCGCUACUUUGGUAACCUUUGAAGGAGUGAUUUCUCGCAGAAUACCACUGCUGGAGGAGAGAGGGAAGAUCCCCACUGUCCAGUCAGAGCACAGGGACAAGGGAGUGGACAUGGAGCAGACUCUGAACAUUAGGCUGACAGUGCAGGAUGUGGUGUCUCCUGGGCAGAGUAUACAGGUGUACCUUGACCUCUCCCAGAGACCGUACACUCCAGGCCUCAUAGCUGGGGCCACAGUGCUGUUCCAUACCUUCCAGCGUAAAGUUUCCCAGAUUGGCUCUGUGUACUGCCGCUCUCUCCCCCUGAGCUGCGUGACCGUUACCGCACCGGGGCGAGCCGGCUCGGCGGAGCUCGGCGCCCCGCCUCCCAUCAUGCACCUGGGCGAGUGGGCGCGGAAGGGGGCGGCGUGCUGCGGCUCGGCCCGGGUGCGAGCCCACGUGACGUGCGUGCUGUUCCUGCAGCUCCGGUGGGUCUGCUCUCUGUGCACCAGCGUCUUCCAGCAGGAUGCCUGCACCCGAAACUACCCACCAUGCACUUCAACCACUGGAGUUUUCCAAGCAGAAGCAAAGUCAGUGCAUAGCUUCUUUUCCUGGGCAGUAGUGGAAGAUGGUACUGCGGAGGCCCAAGUGUGGUUCUCCUCUCAGACAGUCUCACAUCUGCUGGCGCUGAAUACGACCGAGUGGGAAGGACUACAACGGCUGGUCAGGGUCAGAGGUCACCUCAGAGUGUACCACCAAGGGAGGAAUGUGGUGUCUGAUGAGGUUUCGGAGGACCCCCUGCUGCAGUACCUGUCCUACCUGUGUGUGUGUGCUGCUGUCUGUCGCUCUGUCACACUCACCUGUGAGCUGCAGUCUCGGGCCCAGAGCAGCGCUGCGCAGAGACACGAGAACGCCCAGCUGAAGAGGUUCACCCGUGGGGACCGGGAGUUUGUCACCAGGAUCCCAGCUCCUCUGCAGCUCCACUGCACUGAGCUGAGAGAGGGGGAGAUCUCCGUGUGACAGAGAGAGGGAGGAGGAGGGGGAAC